AUGCCGAAGUACUAUUGUGACUACUGUGACACUUUCCUCACACAUGACUCUCCAUCGGUUCGUAAAACUCACAAUGGUGGACGCAAGCAUAAGGAGAACGUUCGUAUGUUUUACCAGCGCUGGAUGGAAGAACAGGCCCAAAAGCUAGUAGAUGCCACGGCACGGGCGUUUACGGGAGGUAAUACGACGAAACCUCUCGGUAAACCUGGAAUGCCUCCAAUGGGAGCACCUAUGAUGCCAGCAAUGAUGGGUCGACCGCCAAUGGUUGGUGCUCCGGUUGCGGGAAUGCGUGGACCAGUUCCGCCUUUUGGUUUUCCUGGAGCGAUGCCUCCGUUUGGCGUUCCGAUGGGCAUGCCUCCGAUGCGUGGACCCCCAGCUCCUUUCCGUCCUGGACCUCCUCAGUGA